AUGGAAAACCCUCAAUUCAAGCUGGGCAUGGUUUUUGAUUCUGUGGAGCUCCUUAGGAAAGUAGUAGCACAAUAUGCAGUGAAGAACAGGGUGCAAAUUAGGAAGAAAAGAAAUAAUAAACAAAGAUUUGAGGCAGUGUGUGAAGAGGGUUGCCCUUGGAAACUAGUGGCUGUCAAUGACAAUAGGACACAAUCUUUUCUUGUGAAGACUUUAAUUGCAGAGCACACUUGUGAGAAGGUCUGGGAUGUCAAAGAACUAACAACCCCCUUUCUUGCUAGCAAAUAUGUGGAGAAGUUCAGAGAUAAUGAGAAGAUUUCUCUAGCUACAUUUUCAAGGAAAGUUAGGAAGAAAUUUAACAUGGAAGUUAGCAGACACAAGCUAGGUAGAGCUAGGAAAGCAACAUUGGAAGUGGUGCAUGGGGAUGAGGUGAAGCAGUACUCACUGCUUUGGAGAUAUGCAGAGGAAGUGAGACAUAGCAAUCCAGGUUCAUCUUUCUAUCUAAACCUGGAGAAUGGGUUGUUUAUUACUUGUUAUUUCAGUUUGGCAGCUUGCAAAGUAGGGUGGCUGAAGGGAUGUAGGCCAAUCAUAUGUAUUGAUGGCACAUUCAUAAAGACAAAGUAUGGUGGCCAAUUACUUACAGCAGUAGGUAUAGAUGGAAAUGAUUCAAUAUAUCCAAUUGCAAUGGCAGUGGUGGAGACAGAAUGCUAUGGAUCUUGGGCAUGGUUCCUUGCUACACUGAAGCAAGAUCUUAACAUAAUGAACACUAGCACAUUCAGUAUUAUGAGUGAUAAACAGAAGGGGCUCAUAAAAGCUGUGAAUGAACAGUUCCCUGACUCAGAGCAUAGGUUUUGUGUGAGACACUUGUACCAAAACUUGCACUCAGCACACAAAGGUGAGACAAUCAGACAACAACUAUGGACUUGUGCCAAACCAACCACUCCAACCUUGUUUGAAAUUAAUAUGGAGAAGAUGAGGGAAGAUAAUCCAGAAGCUUAUGCUUGGUUGGAAGAUAAGCCUCCAAAUCAAUGGUCAAGGGCCUUUUUUGAUGUUUUUCCCAAGUGUGACAUUUUGUUGAAUAACACUUGUGAAGUUUUCAACAGGUACAUUUUAGAAGCUAGAGAGCUACCUGUUUUGACCAUGCUUGAGAGGAUUAAAUCACAGAUAAUGCAUAGGCAUAUGUCAAAGAAAAAGGAGGCCACUGAAAAGUGGAUAGGCAACAUAACUCCAAAAAUUAGAGACAAAUUAAGAAAAAAUGUAGAGUUGUCAGCCAAUUGUCACCCUGAAGCGUCAGGGAUGGGUGUCUUUGGUGUCUUAUCAAAUGGCAAGACAUACAUAGUGGAGUUGAAUAUGUAUACAUGCACCUGCAGAAGGUGGCAACUCACUGGAAUUCCUUGCAGCCAUGCUUGUGCCUGUUGUAGACAUGAAAGGAUUAAACCUGAAACCAUGUUGUCUUCUUGCUACUUUGUGCAAACAUACUUGUCAGCUUAUGGAGUUCAAGUAUAUCCUACAAGGGACAAAGAUGAGUGGCCACAUGUAGAUGCACUACCUAUAUUGCCACCACUAUAUGAGAAAAGAGCUGGAAGGAGAAGAAAGAACAGAAGGCAGCAACCAGAGGAGACAGAAGAUGGCACUAAACUCAGUAGACAUGGGGCUAUUAUGCACUGUGGCUAUUGCAAAGGAGCUGCUCAUAACAGAAGUGGUUGCUCAAAGUUGAAAGCUGCUGUACUAAGAGAAGAGGAAGAUCAACAUGAGCAGACUGGGGACUUUGGAAGUGAUCAAGCUCACUCACUGACACACGCACGUACAGGCGUGCACACACACAACUGGCGCAGGAGGAUCAACUAUUUCAUGCUCAGAAUGACAAAGCCUCCAAGCGCAGCCACGAAAACGAUGGGCAGGAGGCCCAACCAGAGGAUCGUCUUCCCGGCGGCACGUCGUCCGACCACAUCGCCCGAUACCCAUAAGCCGGCGAUGCCUUGA